GCCAAUGAUGGGUCCCAUUUCCUGAGGGAACCGGGACCGCGACUGCGCGUUGGACACCGCCUCCCGCACGGGGGUUUGGGGUGCGGAGCGGAAGCCGGGAGGAGCCGGAGCCGCCGGAGUGAUCAUGGGCAACGUGUUGGCCGCCAGCUCGCCGCCCGCGGGGCCGCCCCCCCCGUCCGGCCCGGGCCUCGUGGCCGCGCCGCCGCCGCUCCCGCCGCCGCCGCCGGGCUUCACGCUGCCUCCUAUGGGCGGCCUGAGCGCGCCCCGCGGAGGUGUCCCGGGUGGCCCCGCGUGCGGGACCCCCACGCCUGAGGACGAGGCCUGCUGCCUGCCCAAUCCGGGCACGUUCGAGGAGUGUCACCGCAAGUGCAAGGAGCUCUUCCCGGUGCAGAUGGAGGGUGUGAAGCUCACGGUGAACAAGGGCCUCAGCAACCAUUUCCAGGUGAACCACACAGUGGCCCUCAGCACCAUCGGAGACUCCAACUACCACUUUGGGGUCACCUAUGUAGGGACCAAGCAGCUCAGUCCCACUGAGGCCUUCCCGGUGCUGGUGGGAGACAUGGACAACUGUGGGAGCCUCAAUGCCCAGGUGAUCCACCAGGUGGGACCCGGCCUGCGGUCCAAGAUGGCCGUGCAGACCCAGCAGUCGAAGUUUGUGAACUGGCAGGUGGAUGGAGAAUACCGGGGCUCCGACUUCACGGCCGCGGUGACCCUGGGGAACCCCGAUGUCCUGGUGGGCUCAGGGAUCCUGGUGGCUCACUACCUUCAGAGCAUCACUCCAUGCCUGGCCUUGGGCGGGGAGCUGGUUUAUCACCGAAGGCCAGGAGAGGAAGGCACUGUCAUGUCCCUGGCCGGGAAGUACACAGCGCCUAACUGGCUGGCGACCUUGACCGUGGGCCAGGCAGGAGCCCACGCCACGUAUUACCACAAGGCCAGUGACCAGCUCCAAGUCGGGGUGGAAUUUGAAGCCAGCACCCGAAUGCAGGACACCAGCGUCUCCUUCGGCUACCAACUGGACCUUCCCAGGGCCAACCUCCUCUUCAAAGGCUCCAUGGACAGUAACUGGAUCGUGGGGGCAACCCUGGAGAAGAAGCUGCCUCCCCUGCCCCUGACGCUGGCCCUGGGCGCCUUCCUCAAUCAUCGAAAGAACAAGUUCCAGUGUGGUUUUGGCCUCACUAUCGGCUGAACCCACCACACCGCCUGGCCCGGCUUGGCCCUCCUUCCCUCUGCUCCAGGCUGGGGAGGAAGGGCAUCUGAGGUUCCCGAGGGCUAAGAGAGUCUGGGGGGAGACCCCAGAUCUGGGGAGACCUUGGGCGUGGCCAGGGAGACUUCAGGCUUUCGGACAGGGACUUCAGAACACUGGAAGACCAAUCCCCCUGCCCCCCUCCCCAUUCCUGGAAAGUGCUCAGGAAUCUAGGAGACCCAGGUGGGAAGAAGGACUAUGGGGGGGGCCUCGGGGUGGGGCCUCUCUCCUUCCCCCAAGUGAUGGAGCUGGGCUGCUGGAGAGUGCGUGCAGUGGGGGCUGGGCAUCCCUGCCCUGCCUCACCGGUGGCCACAGGAGGGGGCGUCGUCACCCCAGCCCCCCAGUUCCGUCCAUUUCCCUUGGCCUCUCCCCCACUCAGCCCCUCUGCCGCUGCCCCCCUCGGUGUAAAUCAUGUUUAUAAGUUAUGGAAAAAAGAGAACAUUUUACAGAAAAAACCCACAAAAAUACAUGGCUAAAAAAGUGA